AUGGACGACAGCACGAUGUACAACAAUACGCAAAAUUCGAUUCUGAAUUUGACAGGUCAAUCUCCCUCUGGGUUGUCGCCUCUGGAGCAGGAAGUCCUGGAUGAGUAUGAGAAAUUGGCGAAUAAUAUGAAAGAGCUCUCGGCAACCCUGGCAGACCUCUCCAAGGGUCCUAUAACACUUGAGAUAGCGGAAGGUCUUCGGCUACUUGAGCGUAAGGUCGCCAGCGUCUACACCCUGAUGAAAGCCAGUGUCUACAGUAUCGUGCUGCAGCAGGGCCAAAUGGAAGGCGGAGAGGAAGGGGGCCAGGACAGCAACGACGAUGGUGGGCAGGACCAUGGGCAGGGUUAA